AUGCAUCGCGCCUCCACAUAUGUGCAUUGGUUCGUAGGGAGCACGUGCCCACCUCCCCCUCACCUCCCCCCCUCCUCACCCCCUCACCUCCCCCCUCUCUCCUGCUGCAGUGAGCCACAUAAGGUUAUAGCAUUGGUUCUGGUGUCCGUGUUUCUGGUGUCCGUGGUUCUGGUAUCAGUGGUUCUGGUGUCCGUGUUUCUGGUGUCCGUGGUUCUGGUAUCAGUUGUUCUGGUGUCCGUGGUUCUGGUGUCAGUGGUUCUGGUGUCCGUGGUUCUGGUUUCAGUGGUUCUGGUGUCAGUGGUUCUGGUGUCUGUGGCUCUGGUGUCCGUGGUUCUGGUGUCCGUGGUUCUGUUGUCAGUAGUUCUGGUGUCCGUGGUUCUGGUGUCAGUAGUUCUGGUGUCCGUGGAUCUGGUGUCCGUGGUUCUGGUAUCUGCGGUUCUGGUGUCCGUGGUCCUGGUGUCAGUGGUUCUGGUGUCAGUGGUUCUGGUGUCAGGGGUUCUGGUGUCCGUGGUUCUGGUGUCCGUGGUUCUGAUGUCCGUGGUUCUGGUGUCAGUGGUUCUGGUGUCCGUGGAUCUGCUGUCCGUGAUUCUGGUGUCCGUGGUUCUGGUGUCCGUGGUUCUGGUGUCCAUGGUUCUGGUGUCCGUGGAUCUGCUGUCCGUGGUUCUGGUGUCCGUAGUUCUGGUGUCCGUGGUUCUGGUGUCCGUGGAUCUGAUGUCAGGGGUUCUGUUGUCAGUAGUUCUGGUGUCCGUGGUUCUGGUGUCCGUGGAUCUGGUGUCCGUGGUUCUGGUGUCUGUGGUUCUGGUGUCGUGGUUCUGGUGUCCGUGGUUCUGGUUGGUUCUGGUGUCUGUGGUUCUGGUAUCCGUGGUGCUGGUGUCUGUGGUUCUGGUGUCAGUGGUUCUGGCGUCCGUGGAUCUUGUGUCUGUGGUUCUGGUGUCAAUGGUUCUGGUGUCCGUGGUUCUGGUGUCAGUGGUUCUGGUUGGUUCUGUGUCCGUGGAUCUGGUGUCAGUGGUUCUGGUGUCUGUGGUUCUGGUGUCAGUGGUUCUGGUGUCCGUGGCUCUGGUGUCCGUGGUUCUGGUGUCCGUAGUUCUGGUGUCCGUGGAUCUGGUGUCAGGGGUUCUGUUGUCAGUAGUUCUGGUGUCCGUGGUUCUGGUGUCCGUGGACCUGGUGUCCGUGGAUCUGGUGUCCGUGGUUCUGAUGUCCGUGGUUCUGUUGUCAGUAGUUCUGGUGUCAGUAGUUCUGGUGUCCGUGGUUCUGCUGUCCGUGGUUCUGGUGUCCGUGGUUCUGUUUUCAGUAGUUCUGGUGUCCAUGGUUCUGGUAUCCGUGGUUCUGGUGUCCGUGGUUCUGGUGUCUGUGGUUCUGGUGUCCGUGGUUCUGGUGUCCAUGGUUUUGGUGUCAUUGGUUCUGGUGUCCGUGGAUCUGCUGUCCGUGGUUCUGGUGUCCGUGGUUCUGUUGUCAGUAGUUCUGGUGUCCGUGGAUCUGGUGUCCGUGGUUCUGGUGUCAGUGGUUCUGGUGUCAGUGGUUCUGGUGUUCCUGGUUCUGGUGUUCCUGGUUCUGGUGUCAGUGGUUCUGUUGUCAGUAGUUCUGGUGUCCGUGGAUCUGGUGUCCGUGGAUCUGGUGUCAGUGGUUCUGGUGUCUGUGGUUCUGGUGUCAGUGGUUCUGGUGUCCGUGGCUCUGGUGUCCGUGGUUCUGGUGUCCGUAGUUCUGGUGUCCGUGGAUCUGGUGUCAGGGGUUCUGUUGUCAGUAGUUCUGGUGUCCGUGGUUCUGUUGUCAGUAGUUCUGGUGUCCGUGGAUCUGGUGUCCAUGGUUCUGGUGUCGGUGGUUCUGUUGUCAGUAGUUCUGGUGUCAGUGGUUAUGGUGUCAGUGGUUCUGGUGUCCGUUGUUCUGGUGUCCGUGGUUCUGGUGUCAGUGGUUCUGGUGUUUGUGGUUCUGGUGUCAGUGGUUCUGGUGUCCGUGGUUCUGGUGUCAGUAGUUCUGGUGUCCGUGGACCUGGUGUCCGUGGAUCUGGUGUCCGUGGUUCUGAUGUCCGUGGUUCUGUUGUCAGUAGUUCUGGUGUCAGUAGUUCUGGUGUCCGUGGUUCUGCUGUCCGUGGUUCUGGUGUCCGUGGUUCUGUUUUCAGUAGUUCUGGUGUCCAUGGUUCUGGUAUCCGUGGUUCUGGUGUCCGUGGUUCUGGUGUCUGUGGUUCUGGUGUCCGUGGUUCUGGUGUCCAUGGUUUUGGUGUCAUUGGUUCUGGUGUCCGUGGAUCUGCUGUCCGUGGUUCUGGUGUCCGUGGUUCUGUUGUCAGUAGUUCUGGUGUCCGUGGUUCUGUUGUCAGUAGUUCUGGUGUCCGUGGAUCUGGUGUCCGUGGUUCUGGUGUCAGUGGUUCUGGUGUUCCUGGUUCUGGUGUUCCUGGUUCUGGUGUCAGUGGUUCUGUUGUCAGUAGUUCUGGUGUCCGUGGUUCUGGUGUCCGUGGUUCUGUUGUCAGUAGUUCUGGUGUCCGUGGUUCUGGUGUUCCUGGUUCUGGUGUCAGUGGUUCUGUUGUCAGUAGUUCUGGUGUCCGUGGUUCUGUUGUCAGUAGGUCUUGUGUCCGUGGUUCUGGUGUCCGUGGUUCUGGUGUCCGUGGUUCUGUUGUCAGUAGUUCUGGUGUCCGUGGUUCUGGUGUUCCUGGUUCUGGUGUCAGUGGUUCUGUUGUCAGUAGGUCUUGUGUCCGUGGUUCUGGUGUCCGAGCUGCUGUCUCGUGGCCUGGGUUCCAUUACCACACACAUCUCUGAGCUCACUCUCUUCUUCUACGCUGAGGACCAUCACCAACAGUACCUGAAGAAGACUCCCAAAGGAACCUGUCCAAUGAAAGGGACCGGGGUCAGCUGUCCCCUGGGGCCCGAGGCUCAGGACCAAUCUGACGGGCUCUAG